AUGUGCGAUCUAGGAAAUGCGCUAGUAAGCUCCAAGCCAGCAAGACAUUCUAAAAGGAUUAACAAUAGCAGAAGGAACGCGUUGUUAGGACCCGAGAGGAAUUUUCGUUCAAGGCACUUGAUGCGUAACGAGCGGCGUUUUAAUUCCCUGCGAAAUUGGCCGCGAAGUUUCCAUCAAGGACAAUUUCAAGCGUAUUCCACAAGCGCGACUAUUUCGUGUAGCAUAUGUCGCGAGAGGAAUAAAUCAUCGGAGUGUGAGCAGCUACUGAGAGCGGAGCCCGAGAAACGCAGAAGAAUCGUGGUUAACGCCAAUUUGUGUUGUAAUUGUUUACAAGCUGGUCACCGCGUCUACACAUGUAUUAAGAAUGACUGCUGCAGAAAGUGCAAGAACAGGCAUCAGGAGUUGUUACAUGUGAACGAGGCUGUUACAGAAUGUGCAACAACGGGCAUCACGAGUUUUGUCGUUCGGAAGGCAUCGGCGGUGCAGAAUGCACAUGUAGAGCUCCAUCACUUGCAAACACCCUCGCUGUUACUUACUGCAGUGGUGCACUUGCUGGAUCGUGACAGCAGGCCGCACGAGUGUCGUGAGCUCCUUGAUUCGGGUUUCGAAGCACAUUUUUUAACAAUCCGGUUCGCGAAUCUUCUGCGAAUAGCCAAACGGGAGGCGAACGUACCCAUUUCUGGCGAAAACCAAACGGAAACUAGAGUCAAACAAGCAAUCUUAGCAACGUUAAAAUCGCGAACAGAAAAUUAUUUGGUAGAAAUACAACUUUUAUUAUUACUCACUGUAACGAAUAGGUUGCCUUCGCAACGAAUUCCGCGAGAAGAAUUGACUAUACCGGUAGGGAUCCAAUUGGCAGAUCCCAAGUUUUGUGAGCCAGCGAAUAUCGACGCGAUUGUCCGUGUCGAGAUUUUUGCUUCACUAUGUCGCGCAGGACAGAGCAUAAGGUUAAAUGAAAAUUUAAUGGCACAAGGAACUGUACGAGGAUUGCUUGUUAUAAGCACAGGAGCCACGCGUACUCCUCAAAGCGUUAAUUGCCACACGGCUACGGUAGAUUUAGACUCACAAUGGGAAAAAUUUUGGAAGAUUGAAGAAGUAGCAGAGAGUAGUAUUAGGUCGCACGAGGAAAAUUUGUGCGAACCACAUUAUAAAAACAACACGCGACGGGAUGAUACUGGCAGAUAUAUAGUGAGACUGCCAUUUAAGAAAGAAAAUCAGUUAGGAGAUUCGUAUACGAGCGCGUUACGAAGAAUUCACGCCUUAGAGCGAUCAUUAUCGCGCAAGCCGGAAAUUAGAAAUGAAUACAUUAAAUUCUUAUCCGAAUAUAAAGAACGUUGGGAAAAAAUCGCACGUUACGAUUAG